UUUUUUUCUCUGUCUUGUCUACUACGUACUCCAUCUACUAUCGACUCCACUACGAAUAUGUCCAGUUCCGAGCCUCCAAUGAACCCCACCGGCUCAAAUAGGAGAGCUAUCUUGAGUUCAACCGCAAAGGAAACCAAGACACUCCUCCCUCAGAUCUUGGCUGUGCUUCCCCAUGCUCCUCCUACUGGGAUUCGUUGCUCACGUGAUACGCUGCCGGUGUUGGACUCAAAAUAUAUCCCAAAUCUCAACACCCAAGUGGAAGUUGUGAAUGGCGACGCUUUAAAUAUAGCUAUCAGCCUCACUAGACCCACGGACACCAGAAGCGUCUGCGUACUGAAUCUGGCUAGCGAUAAGAGUGCAGGUGGUGGUUGGCUUCGGGGAGCCUUGGCCCAGGAGGAAGAGCUUUGUUAUCGCAGUAGUCUUAGUUUUACGCUUAAGCUACGAUACUACCCUUUACGGAAUCACGAUGCUAUUUACUCUCCAACGGUUGUUGUGUUUCGUGAAAAAUUCACAGAUGGACACAGAUUAAUGGACCUACAAAAGCCCGAGUCUCUGCCCAUUGUCAGUGUGGUCAGUAUGGCCGCAUUGAGGAGGCCGGACGUAGACCGGAGCACACAGCCCCCACGGUACAAGCACAUCGCGGAUCGAGCACUGAUGAAAGACAAAAUGCGUGUGAUUCUCCGUGCUGCAGCUUACAACAAGCAUCGGAAACUUGUCCUUGGUGCCUUUGGUUGUGGUGCUUUCGAUAACCCAAAGGACGAGGUCGCGAACUGUUGGGCAGAGGUGUUGCAGGAACCGGAGUUUCAAGGGUGGUGGGAGAACAUUGUGUUUGCGGUUCUGGAAAACACAGGCAACCUCGCCAAAAGUAAGGGGAAUUUCAACGUUUUCCACAGCAGGUUGCACGGGUUGAGAGUGUAGCCAAAGUAAUAACAGAAAAUGCAGUACUCCACUAAGGCAUGCCUCAUGAAGCGGUAGGUCAAUGCUUCGUGAGGAUUUUUGGUGUAAAUUACAUGGUUCAAUUAUCAAAGACCCGAGAGAUUGUAAGGGCAAAGCAGCAUCCCAGAGCUCAUUUCUUGAGCCGAGUGGAACGCCUCCUCCCCGUAGACGAUGUACCGUCUACUUCGAGUUUUUUCUCCUCUUCAGCUUUCUUGGUCGGCUUGGCUCCCUUUUUUGAUCCUGCUUUCUUCGUCUUUGGCUCUUCCUCGCUUGCCUCCGCAUCACUCUCAACUUUAGGCACUAUUCCUCGCUUCCGUUUAUUCUGCGCACCGUCCUCCUCAGUCUUGACGUCCUUCGUUACAGGGCCGGUCUUUUUCUGCACACUUGGGACCACAGCACUUGUCCUACCACCGACAGUAAGGAAAGUAAUCUUAUCACCAUUCGGUAAAGUGGGAGAGGCAGUUUUCUUCCCUUUCGACCAUCGGUAUUUGAACAGCCAGUCCUCAGGAAACCUGUCGGAGUCUGCCAGCAAAUCCACCGAGGUUGAGCAGACGUAAUGAAUGGCUGAGUGAAGUUCUUUGACUUGAUCGUCAGUCAAGGUGUUGCUAUAUUGCUCUGGGUGAAUUCUCGCAUGGUAGAGAAUCUCAUCUCUAUGUGACAGUCAGUUCCCAUCCCACAAUAAGUCAGCGGUUGGUUGGUAACAAACCCCAUCCAAUUGCCAAUCCCGCU